AUGUAUAUAUGUAUGUGUGAUUUUAUAAAUAUGAUUGGCAAAAAGUUACUUAAGAGUUUUAAAAAAAAAAGCUCAUUAAUAUUUUUCUGUAUAACAUUGCUAUACCUUUUUUACACAUACGUGUCUUUGUUUUUGUUUAUAUUCAACAACGCUUUAUUUUAUUUGUUUGUUAAUAUAUUAUUGUUUUAUGUAUGUUUCCAUUUUGUUGUAAGAGCUUUAACGUACCCUGGAAGUCUGUUCAUUUAUCAAAACAAGACCAACUAUGACAACAGAAUUGAAUUUUCCAAAUUUUAUUUAAGAGAGACAUCUAAAUUAUCAUCUGUUUUAAAUGACAUUCGCAGAAUUGUUAAAGAGAAGAUACGAAAUGAGAAAAAAGAUAAGGAGAAUAUAUAUAAAAUAAAAUUAGAACAAUUGUUUUCCUGUAAUAAUAAGGAAAACUACUACAACUUUUUUAGUAGUUUAUAUAUAUUGUAUACUUUAUAUGUAACUUAUUUUUUAUAUUUAAAUUUAGAAGAAAAUGUGGAUUUGAAUGAAGAGCAAUUAAUUUUUUAUUAUUAUUUGAAGUAUUUUAUGAUAAAAAUUAAUGAAAUCAAUAUACAUGUUAAUAAGGAUGAUAUUAUAUGUCCUGAUACAUUUACUAAAAUUAAUAUAGGAAAAGAUUUUAAUGAAAAUGUUAAUGAAUUUAUAAAAAGCAAGGGAGAUAUAUACCAAAAGGAACCUUCCGAGAUAUUAAAAAAUGAAUGUAUACAGAAUUAUAUAAAAAAAUUAAGUGGCAUAAUUAAUUCUAUAAUUAAUUAUGUGAACAAAGACAUUUUAAAUGUGUAUAAUUAUACAUACUUAGACGAAAAUAAAAAGUUACGAAAUACAAAUAGUCAAAAUAUUAAAAUUUGUAAUAAAAUUAAUAUAAAAAAUAAAACAUGUGAAGACCUAAACCCUGAUCAAUCUUAUCAUUGUAAUAAGAAAAAUGAAUCAAAUGUUAAUGAAAAAUCAAAAAUUAUGGAUAGAGAUAACAAUAAGGAUAAUUUUAAAAGUAUAGAUAAUUUAGCAUCCAAUAAGAAUAUGUGUGCAUAUUCCGAAAUAAAUAUUUUAACUUUAUUUUAUCAUGAGAAUUAUGAAAAAUCCAUUAGUCAUGCAAAUUAUAAUGAUUUUUAUAUUUUAAUAGAAGGUGAUAAAUUUUUAAAUUUGUUAGAUAAAUUAAUACAUCUUAUAAAUAUAUUAGGAGACAUUUUUAGAAAAAAUAGUUUAAAAGACAAAAUGAAUAUAAGUAAUAUUCAGUCUUUUAUAAAAAAUCAAAUAGUUGGUACAUUAGAUUUAUUUAAAUAUGAAAUGAUUUAUAAAUAUUACGCAAAACAAGAAUAUUUAUAUAUAAACCGAAAUAAAUUAGAUUGUAUGUUUAUACCUUGUAAACAGUUCUUAAAUAACAAGAUGGAAAAAUAUUAUAAAAAUUUGAGAACAAACCCUGAUCAUUUAUUUCAUUUAGACAUGUCUAAUGAUAAUCAUAAUAAUAAAUAUGAUAUUUUCUUUAAAGCUUUUAAUAAUCAAUUUUAUAAUUAUAUUUAUCAUGAAGAUUAUUUACGUGAUAUUCCUAUUGUGUUAUAUUUUAAUCCUAAUGGAGCAUAUUAUGAAUUAAAUGCUUGUUAUGGUGGAAUCUUACAGUUUUAUUUAGAAAAUAAUAUAAAUGUAUUUGUAUAUAAUUAUCGUGGGUAUGGUAAAUCAUGUGGAUAUCCCAACUUUAAUAGAAAUAAUAUGGAUGCCUUAAAAAUUGCUGAAUAUCUUUUAUCAAAAGACGUGAAAUAUUUAGGUUUACAUGGAACAUCUAUAGGAGGUCCAUUGUGUUCUUAUGUAUCUUAUCAUUUAAGUAAUUUUAAUAAAAAGUCUAAUCACACCUAUGAAAUGAUAGAUAAGAUAUAUAACAAUGAAAUACAUAUUCGACGAAUUAAAAAGGAAAUAUAUAAAUUGAUCUUAUACAUGAAUAGGAAAAAAAAGAAAUUAAUAGACCAUUUGCUAGUACCCAUAAAAUAUAUAUUGUGGCUAUUAUUACAAUUUCUUACUUUAUGUAAAUUAAAAAUAUGUAAUUAUAGAAUGAAAAAAAUAUGGAACAUUAAUCAUAUACAAAAUAAAAAGUUAUUAAAUAAUAGAGAUAUAAAUUAUAAUAAUGCUCAAGAAGAAAAAUCAAAAAUCUCGUUUGUAUGUAUUGAUAGAUCAUUUUAUAAUUUUGAACAAGUAGCUAGAUAUAUGAUUGGUGAGUAUGCAUAUAACAUAUUAAAAUUUACAUCCUACAAAUUAGAUAUUACAAAAUAUUAUAUAAAUUCAAAUGUACCAAAAAUUUUAAUAUAUGAUAAUUAUGAUGAAAUAAUUCACUAUAUGUCUAAUUCAAUAACUGGAGUAUCCAAAGAAAUAUCCAAGAUGUAUAAAAAUGGAAACUUAUAUAUGGACACAAGUAGAAGGAAAUCAAACGAAAAAGAAAAUCUAAAUCAGGAAUAUCUAAACCACGAUCAAAUUAUGAAUAAAAAUUUGUUACCUUUAUUAACAGAUGAUGAAAAAAGAGGGUUUUAUAUGAAUAGGGAAAGGAUAGAAAAUAUGGACAAGUCAAUUGAUCAAAGGUUAAAUAAUGAUAAUAAUAAAAAUGGAAAUAACGACAGCGUUCAUAAUAAUAAUAAUAAUAAUGAUGAUGAUGAUGGUUUCCAUAUGAAUAGCGAUUUACCUGCUUUUGCUGAUACUCUAAUUAUAGAUGAAUAUGUAGAUAAUUAUUGGUCAGAAAAUAAACUGAAAAAUAUUGAUUUUCGCCUGUUUCUUCAAAGUUGGAAAAUAUUAAAUGAUUGCAUUUCUUUCCUAAAUAAAUGCUCUACAACAAAUAAUUCUUUUAUUUCGAUUGGUUUGGAGACAUAUAAAUCCAUUAUGUCAUUGUAUAAUUCAAAGGAAGAUAAAUUAGAAGAACAAACACAUAAUGCUAUUUAUUGUAUAUAUAAUGAUAAUGUGAGUUUUAUGGACACAUUUAAAAAAGUAAGUUCUAAUUAUGAUGAUUAUAUAAUGGAAUAUAUGAAUAAUAAUCUUUUUAAAAAAACAUGUAUAUAUGAUAUGUUAAAAGAAAAUAAAGAGUUUACCUAUGAAAUGGAAUUAUUAAAUAAAAUUUUAAGAGACGUAUAUAUGUCGAAAAGAAAAGAUAUUGAAAAGGUCCAUUUUACAUAUAGUGGAUUUUUUUUAAAAAAUGAUUAUUUAUAUGAUCAUAUAAAUAAAGAUAAUCGAAAUAAUGAUAAGAAAUCACUAUUUCGUAUCGAAGAUAUAGAUGUUAUAAAAUUCCUUGAUGAAUUUAGUGAUUCCUUAUAUCAAACUGUGGAUUCCAUAAAAUAUAAUUUAAAUUCAUGUGGACAAUUAUUUAAUGAAAUAAAUAAUAUUCCACAAAAGGAGCAAAUUGAUUUUUUAAAAGCUUUUAUAUUUAAAAUGAAAGUAUAUGGUUCCUAUCCAUCCCAAUGUUUUACAUUAUCUAAAGAAGUUGAAUUUACUAAUAGAUUAUAUGAAAUUCCAUUUUUAUUAUCACAAUAUUGUGAUGUUCAUAGAAAUAUGAAGGAAAGGAUAAAUGAAGAUAUGCCUAAUAAUAAAAUGGAUGAUGAAGAAGAUAAAAAACCAUGGAAUAAUGAUAAAGAAGCUGACAAGAAGAUUAUAAGUUCAUCUAAAAAUUUAUUUACAAAAAUAAAGUCACACCCUGGUAUUGAUUUAUCUUCUAACAUAGAUAAUGAUGAACUCUUCACAACAUCCUUUAAUAAUAACAAUGAAGGGAAAAAAGCGAAAAAAAUUAAAGGUAAGGGUAAUAUACAAUUUGAAAUAGCUAGUACAGAUGAAUGUUGUUUAAAUGAGAAUAUUAUAUCUAUUCCAUAUUUUAAAAUAAAAAAAUGCUUAUUCUUACAUGAUUUAAUUAUAUGUAUGGAUUAUUAUAAAAAAGAGACGAAUAAAAAUAAGUAUGAUAUAUUUUACAAAUUUGACGAUAAUACAUAUAUUAUAGAUAUUAAACAAAUGGUAGCUUUUUUUAAAACAUAUAAGGAUGACAUAACAAGACAAUCAAAUUAUUUUCUUAGUAUAUUUUCAAGAGAUAUUGGAAUAGAUAUAAAUGAUUUUAAAUUUUCAGGAGAGUUAGAAAAAUAUGUAAGUUGGAUGAGAUUAAAUAAUCGUAUGAAUAUAUGCAAGAUAUAUUUUACUUUAAAAAAUGAAAUAAAAAAAAUGAAAAAAUAUUCAGAAAAGUUACAUUCCGAAUAUAGUACCAUUAGCCAAGAUACUAAUAUACAUUUUAUAAUUUUUCUUAUAUAUCGUAUAUUAAUAUUUAAAAAACUCUUCACACACACAUAUAUAAUAUAUACCUUUAUACAACGAUUGAAUAAUUCUUUAGAUAUAAAUCAUGAUGAGGAUGAUAAGAAUAUAGAUAUAAAAUCUCUCUUACCAAUAUCGUACUUUAGGAUAUAUUAUAAGGAUAAUUAUAAAAUAUAUUCGCCAAAUGCUUUGGGAUGGCCUGUUUUGGUUAAAUGUGGUCAUAAUGGCAACUUAAAUAAGGAUGAACAACAUUUUUUGAGGCUAUGCCUAGAUUCAAUUUUAAGGAAACAUAUUUAA